CGACUUGACCAAGUCGACACGUUUUCAUCGAAUUCAAGAGAGUCGGACUAUUUUUUUUUAGAUGAAGAUACUUUUUCAUUUUAUUUUUCUACUAAGUUUGGAUGUAUUUCCAUGUGAAGUGUCUUUAUCUCUUGAUAAAUUUUUAGCAGCUGCGGAAAUCGCAAAUGGUGUUGGAACGGUGAUUCAAUCAGCACGAUCGUAUCGUAAUUCCAGAAACCCAGUAGCUUAUAUGCCGUAUGAAAUAAAACCACAAAGCUCUGAAAAAAAUGAGCCAGUAUCCUAUUCAUUACACGAUGUCGUAGGAAAAAUUGCGGAUUGUGACCCGCAUGUUCACGGAACUUGUUGCUUAUUUCCAACUAUAUGCGUCAGUAACGCAGUCUGUUCAGCUAAACGCCCUUCAAUGUCGUUGGACUCAAUAGUUACAGCGGUACCGAAAUGCUCCUGUCUUCCUGGUUAUAUUGGUGAUGGCCGUACACGGGGCACUGGUUGCUCAAAUAUAAAUGAGUGCGAGACCGGAGAAGCACUUUGUGAACAUUUGUGCAACGAUUCGAUCCCUGGGUAUACGUGUAGCUGUUAUAAAGGAUACCGUCUUGGAAAGGAUAAUUACUCAUGCUUAGAUGUGGAUGAGUGUUUAGAGAAAAGUCACAAGUGUUCUCAUAUUUGUUUGAACACACAAGGAUCGUAUGAGUGUGAGUGCCCUCAAGGACACGAGCUUUCAACUGAUGGUUUUACUUGCGAACCAAUCAAUGAGUGUCUUCUUAUGAAAGAAAUCAUGGCGUAUCAACUGGAAUUUUCAAAGCAAAACUCGACUGCUCGCUUAAGUUCUCGAGCUCAAAAGGCGUUACCGACUCUUGAAGUUUGUGAGUACCCUGAGCUGUGUGUCGAUGUCGAGGAAGGUUAUUAUUGCGGGUGUCCUCUCGGUUAUGAAAACGAUAAACACAACCUAGCACACUGCAUUGAUAUAAAUGAAUGUGAAGAAGGACUGCAUGUAGUUUCAUUGACAUCUACAGGACAAGAAAGAAUCUCGAAAACUAUAGCUUGUGAUUCAAAAAUUGAGGGUGUUCAAUCCAAGAAUUGUCGUAACGUUAUAGGAGGGUACAUUUGUGUUUGUUUGAAAGGCUUUACGUUAGAGAAUGAAAUUAUUCCGAGCGAAGAGCUUUUUUAUAGAACAACAGCGUCCAUUAAAAUUUUUGGAGCGUUAGCUCAUAAUGCAUUUUAUGAACGGUGGCAAAAUUUAAUGCAGCAACUUACGUGUAAAGAUAUUAAUGAGUGCGAAGAACAAGAUAUAUGUGUUCCAGUGCAUCAUAAAAACAACAAAAAAUUGGUAGAGCCUGGCUUCGUAAAUGGAAUCAUACCUUUAGGAAGCUUUUCAAACUCUCACUAUGAAGCUUUAUCAGAAAGUCCUUCAUGUAAAAACACAAUUGGGUCGUAUAUAUGUGCUUGUCUAGAGGGUUACGAAUUUUUGAAAGAAAUAGGACUAUGCCGUGAUGUCAAUGAAUGUCAGAUCUCAAAUGGUGACGUAUGCAACAAAAGCUCUGGAGAGUCUUGUAUUAAUUUACCAGGAAGUUAUGCUUGUAGAUGUGGCCCAGGCUAUAAAGAGAAAAGCACCCACGAGGCAUCUUCCUUGUUGUCACAUGCCGUCGGCAUAGGCCAUAUUGUAGCGCAAUGCAUUGAUAUUGAUGAGUGUGCUGAAGGAAUCAGCCAGUGUCAAUAUGGUUGUGAAAACACAGUAGGAUCAUAUAAAUGUACAUGCCCGAAUGGAUAUUUGACGGAUCCAGAUGAUCCUACUAAGUGCAAAGAUAUUGAUGAAUGUUCACUGUCCUUGUGUGGCUUUUUAACUGCUUGUGUUAAUUUACCUGGAAGUUUCAUUUGCGCCUGUCCAAAAGGAUAUGUCGCAAAAGAUUUCUCGCCAUUUACAUCCAAUGUUGAUACAAUUUUUAACUUACUAACACCGAAAAAUCGUGUAUUAUUCUCGUCUUUACUACAUUUGGUGGACUCUGUAAAUGAAAAACCAAUGAAUCACGAGAAUCAAAAAAUUCUUCAUGAAGCCGUGGAAAUCAUUCGUUCAGACCUUAUGCUGCAGACAGAUGCUUGUGUUGAUUUGGACGAGUGUUUAUUAACACAAAAUUUACUAUGUCCUGAAACGACUCAAUGUCGAAACGGCGAAGGUUUUUACACCUGUCAAUGCCCAGACGGAUAUCGGUGGAAAAAAAAUAAUAAUGAAAGGAACACGGCUCAAGUUUCACACGAACAGUCCGUCGUCCAACCUGAUAUAUCGUUCAACAGUCAGCUACCAGCGUUACCACUCACUAGUUUUCUAUUAGGACGCAAACCAUUAAAACCAUCGGAAGCUCUUUCAAAUAUUUCUCGUUCUGUCUCCAUUUUCCAUAGACAGCAUCAACGGUCACUUGACGAAAAAGAUACAUCACUGGGUCGUACUUUAACGCGCACCAUGGCUGAACGUUAUCGCGUUUUACUUCACAACUUCACUCCCGUAUCAAUAAAUUAUAUAAUAGACACUUUGCAGCCUUCACAUAUUUCUCAUGCGGCGCAUGUUAAUUUAAUUCGAUCGCAGGCACUUAUUGUUCCACCUUUCUUACUGCUUUCAUUUAAUGAAAUGCAAAGUCUUCCUGAUUUACGUGGCAAUGCUAUAUGUGAAGAUAUUGACGAGUGCAAAGAAUUUCAAGCACAACGCUCAGCUCAACGAUCUCGUUGUACAAUGACGCAACCUUGUUGUAUCAAUACUCCAGGAAGUUUCAUUUGCGCACCUAAGAAACGUUAUAGGUUAAGAUGGUUAUGUCCUUCAUAACAAUUCGAUUACCAGCCUGCACUAUGGGAUUGUUAUGUUUUAUUAAAAAAGAACAGAAAACACAUUUGGUUUUUCACUCGUUAGCGUGUUUCCAUUUUUCAUUCUAUAUAACUCAAACAGUUUUACUUGUUUUAGCUAUUGAAUUAUUUGUUGUCCAAAAGUAAAACAGGAUUGUUUUUCAGUAUUAUUAACAAAAAAAAGACUUCAGUGGUUUUCUGUACCAUGUAUUUUUGUAGGGUACACGUUUUGAAAAGCAUUGAAUUACGAUGGAUUUUGCGUCUAAUUACAAAGGAUAGCUCAACAAGUAAGCUGUGUUGAGGGACCUUUAAAUUGGAGGAGUCUGUCCUCUAACCAAGCGGUACUUGGCCUAUGAAUGAGUUCAAUGCCACCAUUUUCCCCAUAACCAUGAAGUCCAAUCAUCUUAACGUAAAAUACUUUUGUUCACCAUUCAAAGAAUUUUUUUUUUAAUUUUCGUGUAUGUUGCAUUCGGGUAAACUGUCUUGAUUUUUCAUAAAGAGAAGUUUUCUUAGAUUUUUUAAAAAAGUUUAUUCAGAAACAUAGUUUUACGACACACCACUUAUUGCAGAAAAAAAGAAUGUCGUUGGAAAAACACUUACUCUGAUUCUAUGUCAAACAUCGCUUUGAAACGCGGUAACAGCUCAAAUCCAAGAAAAGAGAUAGAUGACUUUUAACAAUCAACAUAGAAAAGUGGACUAUGUAAAGAACUGCAAGGUCAUUUUGAAGAUGACUCAAGAAGUACUAUGAAAAUGAUUUUUGGUUUUAUCAAACAUCAGUACCAAUAACACACU